GGUUUCCAACAGGUGUACGAGGUAUCAUCUGGACCUUUGCAUCAUCAGACUCUUACCAGCUUUUAACCAGUAGAUUCCCAUCAUGUCUGGCAAGGUCGGCACGACCCAAGUCGGAGGGCGCGUAGGCGUCGUUGGAACCGGUCAUCGAGCUAGAAUGUAUACUCGAGCGGUGGCUGAUAGACCUGACUCGACCAUCGUCGCGCUAUGUGAUCUCAACUCUGAGCGAAUCAAGGUCCAUCAAGGGUUGUUGAAGGAAUUGGGACAGCCAGAGGCGAAGACGUAUCAUGCGGAUGACUUUCAAAAGAUGAUCGACGAGUGCAAGCUCGACGUGCUUGUCGUCACCACCGUCGAUGCGACUCACGACCUGUACAUCGUGCCUGCUUUGAAGGCUGGUAUCAGAGUCUUGACAGAGAAGCCGAUGACAACGAGCGUCGAGAAAUGCCAGCGAAUCCUCAAGACCGUUGAUGAGACUAAUGGAUCUUUGCAGGUCCUUUUCAACUAUCGAUACAACCCUGUUCAUUGGAAAGUUGAGGAAGUCAUCGCUUCUGGCAAGAUUGGAAAUGUCAAGUCCGUCCACUUUGAGUGGCUCCUGGACACAGUCCACGGUGCAGACUACUUCAGACGAUGGCACAGGUACAAGGACAAAUCGGGCGGUCUCAUGGUCCACAAGUCCUCUCACCAUUUCGAUCUUGUCAACUUUUGGAUCAAUGCCAAGCCGAAGACUGUCUUUGGUAUGGGGUCCUUAGCCUUCUACGGGUCCGAGAAUGGCAAGAAAUCAGGCUGGGCGAAGGACUACUACCGAGCGAGAGAUAGCAAAGAAGCGGAGAAUGAUCCAUUUGCGAUUCAUCUAGAGGACCAGGCGGAUCUCAAGACCCUGUACGCGGAUGCAGAGCACGUCGACAAUUACCAUAGAGACAUGAACGUCUUCGCGGAUGAUAUCACGAUCGAAGAUGAUAUGGCUGUGCUCGUCAAGUACAAUACUGGCGCAACCAUGACUUAUCACUUGACCGCUUAUUCUCCAUGGGAAGGAUACCGCGUCAUGUUCAAUGGAGACAAGGGUCGACUGGAGCUCGAGGUUGUUGAGUCGGCUUACCGGGUGCCACAAAGCAAAGGAGGCAAGAGCGAGGGUGUGGUGCACGGUGAAAAUGCUCUACCGCAGGAAGGGCACAAGAAGAUCACCCUUCAAGAACUGUGGAAGCAGCCUGUAGAUGUACCGUUUGAAGAGGGUAAAGGCGGACACGGUGGAGGAGACGAAGCUAUGCUUGACCAAAUCUUUGGGCCUCGACCAGGUGCUCAACCUUCCUCUACUGCCGUUGCCCGACUCUCCGCGAACCAGAUUGACGGAGCCCUCGCCAUGGCCGUCGGACUCGCUGCCAAUGAGAGCUUUAGGACCGGUGACAAGGUCGAGAUCAAGGAUCUGCUCGGGGUGGAGCUCUGAUCAGUAGGGAAGUGCUUCAGUCCAUGAGGGUCAUGCAUCGAAAUUCCACCUGGG